CAUUUGGGCACUUUAUAACUUUGUGCGCUUAAUAAAGUAUCACUUCAAGUCGUCGCCUUCAGUAAUAUAUAUAAAAAUAUAACUAAAAAAAAAACCAUAAUAAAUCGAAGUGAAGUAACAAAAAUAACCUAUAAAGAUGCGUAUGCUAAACUUGAAUCAAGUUGCUCCGGACUUCAAUACUCAGGCGGUGAUUGCCGGAGGUUACCGGAACUUGUCACUCCUGGACUUGCGUGGAAGAUACGUGCUUAUGGUUUUCUAUCCGGCGGACUUUUCUUAUGUUUGCCCGACGGAGCUGCAGGCAUUCAGUGAUCGGGCCCAGGAAUUCCGGAACAUCGGCUGCGAGGUACUGGCCUGUUCGACGGAUAGUCACUUUGUCCAUUGCGCUUGGAUGAAUACUCCACGGAAGAUAGGGGGUCUGGGGGAAAUGGACAUUCCACUCCUGGCCGACAAGAGCAUGAAGAUUGCCCGGGAUUAUGGAGUAUUGGACGAAAGCACGGGACUGGCAUUGCGUGCUCUAUUCAUUAUUGAUCGGGAGGGACGUAUUCGUCAGAUCACCAUUAAUGACAUGGGCGUGGGUCGCAGUGUUGACGAGGCACUGCGUCUGGUCCAGGCCUUCCAGUUCGCAGAUGAGUUCGGGGAACUGUGCCCCGUCAACUGGCGCCCGGGGGGGCGUGGCAUCAAGCCCGACAGCGCCGGCAAGGAGGAUUACUUCAAACAUGCAACCUGAUUACAAUAAUACACGAUUUCUUUACACAAGAGUGCAAGCAGCUAAAUAUAAUACUAAUUCAUAUACUAUAA